AUGGCAAGCGACGUUUCUAAACCUCUUCUCGGGAAGGGAAACGAGGCCAAAUGCUCGGGGUGGCCAAAGUCCUGCCAGCAUUUCACAGUGUAUGACUGGGAAAAAGUCCUGUUUGUGGAUGAAGCCAAGUUAGAGAUCUAUGGUUUAACCAAUGCCGACACGGUGGUGAAUAUGCGGAAGGUGACCCAUCAGACCAUUAGCGAGGAGCUUUCGAAAACCGUUCUCCUCCCCUGCCUCUUCACCCUCCGCCCCACCACCGGUUCAUCCCACGAGCCCCCCAGGAUCAAGUGGACCAAGGUUUGGGGCCAGAGAGGCUCCGAUGGACUGCAGAAGGAACAGUCGGUCCUGGUGGCCAAAGACAACGUGGUCAAGGUGAAAAAGGCCUUCCAGGGUCGCGUAACGCUGCCUGGUUACAGUAAAAACCGCUACAACGCCAGUCUUGCUCUGACCGGCCUGCGUUCUAGCGACUCGGGUCUGUACCGCUGUGAGGUCGUGGUGGGCAUCAAUGACGAGCAGGACACGGUUCCCCUGGAGGUCACAGGUGUGGUGUUCCACUACCGGGCCCCUCAUGACCGCUACGCCUUGUCCUUCGCUGAUGCCAUGAGGGUUUGCGUGGAGAACUCAGCCACCAUCGCAACACCAGGUCAGCUGCAGGCUACCUUCGCUGAUGGCUUUGACAACUGCGACGCUGGCUGGCUGUCCGACCAGACUGUUAGGUAUCCCAUCCAGUCGCCUCGGCCCGGUUGCUAUGGCGAUCGCGAGGACUCACCUGGAGUCCGCAACUAUGGCAAUAGGUCCCCUGAUGAGCUGUUUGAUGUCUACUGCUUUGCUAAGCAGCUUCAAGGUGAAGUCUUCCACUCCACAGAGCCAGACAAGCUGAGCCUUGCCACCGCCUCCACCCACUGCCAUUCGCUGGGAGCCCAGCUGGCCACAGUCGGGCAGCUCUACCUGGCCUGGCAGGCCGGUCUGGACCAGUGUGAUCCUGGCUGGCUGGCCGACGGCAGCGUUCGCUAUCCCAUCAAUGUUCCACGCAAGAACUGCGGCGGAGACGAACCCGGGGUACGGACCGUCUACAACAACCCCAACCGCACCGGCUUCCCCGACACCACGGCCCUGUUCGACGCCUUCUGCUACCGAGCCCACCAGCCGGCAGGGGUCCAGGCUGCAGAAGCACGGGCUUUGUACCAGACGGCCAGCCCAGCAGCAGACGCCAUGUCCGCAGUCACCGAAGCCCAACGUAGCGACCCUGUGUCCAAGACUUCCACCUGGACCGGCCUGGUCGACCUGGAGAAAGUAGGAGCCCCCUCUAUUGUAGGAGCAAACAACUCAUCUGAGAUCUCUGAAGAGCAUGUAGUGAUCCACUUAAGGCCCGGGGAGGGUUGGGAUGAAAGACAGGAUGGACCCAGAACCAGCCAACCCAACCAGGAUGGCCCAAAGAAUGGCAACACUUUGGGUCUUUCUGAUCUUGAAAGUCUGGAGAGUCACGGAGGCUCUGCCCACGAGGAAGAAGACGGCAGCUACUUUGGAUCUGACACCCCGACUUUAUCCUCCAUAGAUGCUUCCACGCCCCAGCCUCAGACCAGUAACAGUAUUCUGACUGAGUUUGUUAACACUCUUAUGAGGCCAUUUAAGUACUGGACUGGAGGCGAAGGUGGUGAAGCUACAGAGCAGGAACCCACAGGGCCUGAAGAAAAAGCAGCAGGGAACCAGACGCAAGGAGAAGCAUCCAGCAGAAACCUGAGCACACCGAAGGCCAGCGGAAACAAGGGCAGCAUGGACAACGCCAUCAUGGAGCAUAGAAGUGGCGCUUUUCCCUUUAGGGGUCACACCACUCGACUGCAGAGUCCAGACGAAGGUCUGUCUGAGCAGGAAAAAGAGGUGAUGCCAUUGAUUCGAUUAGUGCCUGCAGUGCAAAAUGCAGGGCAAAGCGAGGCCAGCAGCGGUCCAGUCAAAGGAGCAGCCAGCGCAUUCACUGAAAACCCUCAAUCUACUGGCAACGAGUUCCCUUCAUCGGCUCCUACUGAGAGAUCACCACCCAGUGAACAUGUCAACAUAUCCGGUCCUCAGGGUCCCAGAGGACGCCCUGCCUUUGCUCCUGCCCCGAGCAGCCAGUUUCAGUGGGCCAUCAAGUCCAUGCGUGGCCCCAAACAAGGCUCUGCUGGAAAUGUGGCCUACGUGGGUAAACAUCCCACCUGGGGGCCGAUGGAAGCCAAAGCAGGGCCCCUUGAGGUGAUGACCCUACCCACCUCACUUCGACAGGACACCCCGGAAAACUAUUCAGGUGAGGGCAAGGACCAGGAUGCAGAGAGUGCUACUACUCCAACUGCCAGAAGUGGAUCAGGCGAGGAGAAGGAGAUUGAGGGGAGUGGAGAGGGGACCAACUAUCCUGGUGGAUUUGCAGUGAAAGUUGACAGUUUGGCCAGCAGUGGUGUCAAACUGAGUCCUGAAACCGAACCUUCACCAAGCCAGAGGGAUUUGGUCACUGUGGCCGAGCACACUACUCUGUCCCAGUGGCAGCUGGUGGAACAACCCACAACUCCACCUCAGGGCUCCCAGGAUCCAGACACAGCAGAGGAGGCCAGGGGAGAGAUCCUCUACGUCCGCCGGCCUACUGACAAUCUCUCUUCUGCCUCCUCGCGCAGAGGGGAGGGUGGUUCAAAUUCAGGUUUCAUUCCAGUUCUUAGGAAGCACAACAAAGGCACCAGCAGGAAUGAGGUGAUGACUACUACACAUGAAGCUUUGAUGGAGGUGUUGACAACUUCUGAGGUAACAACGGUGGAGCCUGCCACCACAGCAACCACCCCACAAAACACCGCCGACACUUCCUCCACAGAGGAGCCGUCUAUUUCCAUUUCAUGGGUUCAGGAAGAGAAGGAGAAAACUACGAACUUACCCAACAUGCAGGGCCACCUCUCAGCGACUGGAGGACCUCAAACAGCUACUGGAGUCCUUCUGUUGACCACCCACGCGUCAGACUCCAAAGUCGUUGCGACAGCAAUGGAAUCCAGAUCUGCAGUUUCUGAGUCCUUCGUUGUGGGAAGUCGUUGGACACCCUUCAAAGGCUCAAAGCCGGAGGAACAAAAAACCCCAGAGACGACAGAGAGCAAAGACUCAAACAAUCCUUUUGGCAUUCUCGAACCCAACUGGCCGUUUGAGCUCAUCCCAUCAGUGGACAAUAACCCCUGCCAGACCAACCCCUGUCUCCACGGAGGGAGCUGCCUGCAGGAAGGAGAUGGCUAUAGUUGCUACUGUCCUCAGGGUUUCUCCGGAGAGAGCUGCGAGAUCGACAUUGAUGACUGCCAGUCGAAUCCAUGCCAGAACGGAGGAACCUGCAUCGACGAGAUCAACUCCUUUGUGUGUCUUUGUCUGCCCAGCUACGGCGGAGCUACUUGCGAAAAAGACACCGAAGGCUGCGAGCACACGUGGAGGAAGUUUCACGGCCACUGCUACAGGUACUUCAGCCGCAGACACACCUGGGAGGACGCCGAGAAGGACUGCAGGGAGCACAGCGGCCACCUGGCCAGCAUCCACAGUGCAGCCGAGCAGAACUUCAUCAGAGGUCUGAGCCAUGACAACACCUGGGUCGGGUUAAAUGAUCGCACGGUGGAGGAUGACUUUCAGUGGACUGACAAGAUGGACCUGCAAUACGAGAACUGGCGGGAAAAUCAGCCCGACAACUUCUUCGCCGGAGGAGAAGACUGCGUGGUCAUGAUCGCUCACGAGAACGGCAAAUGGAACGACGUGCCCUGCAAUUACAACCUGCCCUACGUCUGCAAGAAGGGAACAGUGCUUUGCGGAGCGCCCCCCACUGUGGAUAAUGCCUUCCUGAUUGGUCGGAAGCGCUCCCACUAUGACAUCCACUCGGUGGUGCGCUACCAGUGCGCCGACGGCUUCCUGCAGCGCCAUGUGCCCACUGCUAAGUGUCGCGCCAACGGCAAGUGGGACCGACCCAAAAUCAUCUGCAUAAAAUCCCGACGAGCCCACCGUUACCGGCGCCACCACCACAAGGGCAGGAGGGAGCGCAGGAAGCACAAGAAGCACGGCCACAGAGAUGGAGGCCACCACGGAGGAGGAGGAGGAGGAGGAGGAGGAGGAGGAGAGCCGGGCCAGGGCCACAACCACGCCCACUUCUGA